AUGACUGUCCCCAUGUCGUCGAUUGCGGAGACUAUCGCGGACAAAAUGAUGCUGCCGCGGUCAGAGUAUGCCUGCUGCAUCGAGCUCGACAAGGAAACAUCGCAGCUCGAAUCGGCCAUUAAACUGCUGAGCUCGGCCAAGAGCCUAAUCGGCCUCAGCAAACGCAUUAAAGUCAAGAGCGCGAUGAAAAGUGAGCUAUCCAAGAAAAUUCGCUCCCCACUGUGGCUAGAUCCGACAAGGACGCUCACAGAACUAGAACCAUUAAUAAACGCGCGGCCACUUUGCUUCCGCCGUCGAUUCUGGUUUACGCAGCGGCCGCUCGACAACGGCGACAAGGGACAAAUCUUCACGGAAUUUCAAGAAAUCAAGGAGCACCUCAAAAUCGUCGGGACUUUGCGGGAAUUUAUCAAGCACGCUCGUGAAUUGCCCGGAUUCGGCGACACCUUUUUCGCCACUGAGAACGACAAGAACCGAGAAGUGCUUUUGGCGAUCUCAAAGAGUAAUCUGACUUCUUAUCACAAUGGGAAACUAGAAGAGCGAUUUCCGCUGGACAGAGUGAGGAGAUGGAUGAGCAUCGCCGAUAAGCGUCUUUUUACGAUCGAAGUGGACCAAGGCAACGAUAACAUGCAGGUUCUUAAUUGGACUACCGACGACGGCGCUGAAAUUCAACAACUGCUGGAUGGAUACGUUCAACUGACGCUUCAUAAAAAGCGGGAAAAAGUCGUCAGCUUGACCGAAAAAAUCGCGAAAGCUGGCGAAGCGCUAAAGGAAGAAUUCCAAGAAAGAUUUAUCUAA